AUGACAUCACAGCUGGAGGUGUUUUCCCCCCCAUCAGUGUCGUCGAGUGCCUUCUGCAGUGCAAAGAAACUGAAAAUAGAGGCUUCUGGUUGGGAUGUUUCUGGACAGAGCAGCAACGACAAAUACUAUACCCACAGCAAAACCCUCCCAGCCACACAAGGGCAAACCAGCUCUUCUCACCAGGUAGCAAACUUCAACAUCCCUGCUUACGACCAGGGCCUCCUCCUCCCAGCUCUUGUAGUGGAGCAUAUUGUUGUCACAGCUGCUGAUAGCUCUGCUGCUACAUCAGCCUUCCAAAGCAGCCAGACCCUGACUCACAGAAGCAACGUUUCUUUGCUUGAGCCACAUCAGAAAUGUGGAUUGAAAAGAAAAAGUGAGGAAUUUGACAGCAACGGUAGCGUGCAAAUCAUAGAAGAACAUCCCCCUCUCGUGCUGCAAAACAGGACUGCGGUGGGUGCUUCUGCCACGACCACCACCGUGACCACGAAGAGUAGCAGUUCCAGUGGAGAAGGGGAUUACCAGCUGGUCCAGCAUGAGAUCCUUUGCUCUAUGACAAACAGCUAUGAAGUCUUGGAGUUCUUAGGCCGGGGAACAUUUGGACAGGUGGCUAAGUGCUGGAAGCGGAGCACCAAGGAAAUUGUGGCUAUUAAAAUCUUGAAGAACCACCCCUCCUAUGCCAGGCAAGGACAGAUUGAAGUGAGCAUCCUUUCCCGCCUAAGCAGUGAAAAUGCCGAUGAGUAUCAUUUUGUCCGCUCUUAUGAGUGCUUUCAGCAUAAGAAUCAUACCUGCCUUGUGUUUGAGAUGCUGGAGCAGAACUUAUAUGAUUUUCUAAAGCAGAACAAGUUUAGCCCACUGCCACUCAAGUACAUCAGACCCAUCUUGCAGCAGGUGGCCACAGCCCUGAUGAAGCUCAAGAGCCUUGGUCUAAUUCACACUGACCUUAAGCCUGAAAACAUAAUGCUGGUCGAUCCAGUGCGCCAACCCUACCGAGUGAAGGUCAUUGACUUUGGUUCUGCUAGUCACGUUUCCAAAGCUGUGUGCUCAGCCUACUUACAGUCACGUUACUACAGAGCCCCUGAAAUUAUUCUUGGAUUACCAUUUUGUGAAGCUAUUGACAUGUGGUCAUUGGGCUGUGUGAUAGCUGAGCUGUUCCUGGGGUGGCCUCUUUAUCCUGGUGCUUCAGAAUAUGAUCAGAUUCGUUACAUUUCACAAACACAAGGCCUGCCAGCUGAAUAUCUUCUCAGUGCCGGAACCAAAACAACCAGGUUUUUCAACAGAGAUCCUACUUUGGGGUACCCACUGUGGAGGCUUAAGACACCUGAAGAACAUGAAUUGGAGACUGGGAUCAGAUCAAAAGAAGCUCGAAAGUACAUUUUUAAUUGUUUAGAUGAUAUGGCUCAGGUGAACAUGUCCACAGACUUAGAGGGAACAGAUAUGUUGGCAGAGAAGGCGGAUCGAAGAGAAUACAUUGAUCUGUUAAAAAAACUGCUAACAAUUGAUGCGGAUAAGAGAAUUACUCCUCUGAAAACUCUUAACCAUCAGUUUGUGACAAUGACUCACCUUCUGGAUUUUCCACAUAGCAAUCAUGUUAAGUCUUGUUUUCAGAACAUGGAGAUCUGCAAACGGAGGGUUCACAUGUAUGAUACAGUGAGUCAGAUCAAGAGUCCCUUCACCACGCAUGUUGCCCCAAAUACAAGCACAAAUCUAACCAUGAGCUUCAGCAACCAACUUAAUACCGUGCACAAUCAGGCCAGUGUUCUAGCUUCCAGUUCUACUGCAGCAGCUGCUACUCUUUCUCUGGCUAAUUCAGAUGUCUCACUGCUAAAGUACCAGUCGGCUUUGUACCCAUCAUCUGCAGCACCAGUUCCUGGAGUUGCCCAGCAGGGUGUUUGCUUGCAGCCUGGAACCACCCAUAUUUGCACUCAGACAGAUCCAUUCCAACAAACAUUUAUAGUAUGUCCACCUGCUUUUCAAACUGGACUACAAGCAACAACAAAGCAUUCUGGAUUCCCUGUGAGGAUGGAUAAUGCUGUGCCCAUUGUACCCCAGGCACCAGCUGCUCAGCCACUACAGAGACAGUCGGGAGUUCUUCCACAGGGAAGCUGUACACCACUAAUGGUAGCAAGUCUCCACCCUCAAGUAGCCACCAUCACACCGCAGUAUGCGGUGCCCUUUACUCUGAGCUGCGCAGCAAGCCGGCCGGCGCUGGUUGAACAGACUGCCGCUGUACUGCAGGCUUGGCCCGGAGGAACCCAACAAAUUCUCCUGCCUUCAAGUUGGCAACAGUUGCCUGGGGUAGCUCUACACAACUCAGUCCGGCCCACUGCAGUGAUUCCAGAGGCCAUGGGCAGUGGCCAGCAGCUCACAGACUGGAGGAAUGCCCACUCUGAUGGCAACCAGUACAGCACUAUUAUGCAGCAGCCAUCCUUGCUGACUAACCAUGUAACGUUGGCCACUGCUCAGCCCCUUAAUGUUGGCGUUGCCCAUGUUGUCAGACAACAAGAAUCCAGUUUCCUCCCUUCAAAGAAGAAUAAGCAGUCUGCUCCAGUGUCUUCUAAGUCCUCUCUGGAUGUUCUGCCUUCUCAAGUCUAUUCUCUGGUUGGGAGCAGCCCCCUCCGUACCACAUCUUCUUAUAAUUCCCUAGUCCCUGUACAAGAUCAGCAUCAGCCAAUCAUCAUUCCAGAUACUCCCAGCCCUCGUGUGAGUGUCAUCACUAUCCGCAGUGACACUGAUGAGGAAGAGGACAACAAAUAUAAGCCCAAUAGCUCUGGCCUGAAGGCAAGGUCUAAUGUCAUCAGUUAUGUCACUGUCAAUGAUUCUCCAGACUCUGAUUCUUCCUUGAGCAGCCCAUAUUCUACUGAUACCCUGAGUGCUCUCCGGGGCAAUAGUGGACCCCUUCCGGAGGGUCCCGGCAGAGUCGUGGGGGAUGGCACUGGCACCCGCACCAUCAUUGUACCUCCACUGAAAACUCAGCUUGGUGACUGCACUGUAGCAACCCAGGCCUCAGGUCUCCUGAGCAGUAAGACCAAGCCAGUGGCUUCAGUGAGCGGGCAGUCAUCUGGAUGCUGUAUCACCCCCACAGGAUAUCGAGCUCAGCGUGGGGGGACCGGCGCAGCACAGCCACUCAACCUUAGCCAGAACCAGCAGUCAUUGUCAGCUCCAACCUCGCAGGAGAGAAGCAGCAACCCUGCCCCCCGCAGGCAGCAGGCGUUUGUGACCCCACUCUCCCAAGCCCAUUAUGCCUUCCAGCAUGGCAGCCCACUACAUUUGAUCGGGCACCCACACCGGGCCCCAGCCCCUGCUCACCUGCCAAGCCAGCCUCACCUGUAUAUGUAUGCUGCCCCCACUUCUGCUGCUGCAUUGGGCUCCACCAGCUCCAUUGCUCAUCUCUUCUCCCCGCAGGGCUCUUCAAGGCAUGCUGCAGCAUAUACCACCUACCCUAGCACUCUGGUGCACCAGGUCCCUGUCAGUGUUGGGCCCAGUCUCCUCACUUGUGCCAGCGUGGCCCCUGCUCAGUACCAACACCAAUUUGCCACCCAGUCUUACAUUGGGUCUUCCCGAGGCUCAACCAUUUACACUAGAUACCCACUGAGCCCUACCAAGAUCAGCCAGUAUUCUUACUUGUAGUUGCUGAGUGUGAGGGAGGAGGGGUCAGAGUUCUUAAUGGGCUGUGAUGAGCUCCUCCCUCACCCUCUCCUGAAACUCCUUAGCCAGCAACUUGCUCUGCAGGGGCACACUGAAGCAGAAGGCUUUUCUCUGGGGAACCUGUCUCAGUGUUGACUGCAUUGUUGUAGUCUCCCAAAGUCUGCCCUAUUUUUUAAUUCUUUAUUUUUGU